AAGUCGAACAGCUGAUUUUAACCAAGGUAUAAAGCACGCCGGUGACUAAUCUGCAUUUGGCAAUAAAUAAAUAUUAAUUCAAAUAAAAUAUAAAAUUUAAAAUAAAUAAUAAGUGACACAGCAACAUAAUGGAAGUCGAAUUUAGUAAAGAAAACUUCUUGCUGCCUGAAAUCAAAUACGAAUAUUUAGAUCACACCGCCGAUGUGCAAUUGCACGCCUGGGGAAAUACAUUACAAGAAGCUUUCGAACAAUGUGGCAUGGCAAUGUUCGGCUACAUGACUGAGCUAGAUUAUGUAUCCGUGCAACAGUGUUUUCAAAUCGAAGCUAAAGGUGAUGAUGUAGAAGGUUUAUUGUUCCAUUUUUUGGACGAGUUACUCUUUCUCUUCUCCGUCGAGCCUUAUUUGAUUUGCAAAAAAUUAGAAAUUACCAAAUUCGAUUUGGAAUCAUUUGAAAUCGAAUGUCGGUGCUAUGGUGAACCGUUUGAAAUUGGAAAACAUCCACAAGGUACCGAAGUCAAAGCCAUCACCUACUCUGCAAUGCAGGUGAUACAGGAACCAGAACGAAGUCACUAUGAAGUGUUUGUUAUAAUCGAUAUUUGAUGGCGUUAUAAAUUAAAAAAGAGUUCGGUUCAA